CCGCGGGGGGGGGGCAGCCCUAUGAGCUCGGGUGGGCUGGCUUAUACAACCGCCAGCUCCAGCCUCCCGUCACACGCACGCGUGGAGCCUGUGCGAUUGCACUGAGCUCGCUUUCUGGCAUCCUCCGGACCUCCGGACCGCUGCGCUCCUGGCGGCCGAAUGCGCGUCCUGAGGCGGGCCAGCGCAGUCCGGUGUGUGCAGCAUCACCUGCGCAGCGCAGGGCGGUUGAGGGGAAUAAGCCCAGCGACCGGGGCGAUCCACACAGGCACAGCUCUCCCUGCUGUAACGUAAAGAUGGCGAGACUGCUCCAUAACUUACUGCUGCUGGCAGCCCGGCUGACGCUGAAGAUUCGAGUUAUUGGCUACUGGUCCUUGAUAUACUCUUAUUGCGGCGUCUGCGCUUCCGUCGCCCUGCUGAAACUUCUGUGGACCAUCCUUCAAAAGCCGUCGAAAACCUUCCAAUGGGGAGUCCGUGAGGCCCCCCCAGCCUGCCUGAACGACACGUCCUUGGGAACGCACUGCUACGUGCGAAUCAAGGAGUCCGGGCUGAGGUUCCACUAUGUGGCUGCCGGCGAGAGAGGCAAACCCCUGCUGCUGUUCCUGCACGGAUUCCCAGAGUUCUGGUUCUCCUGGCGCCACCAGCUGCGGGAGUUCAAGAGCGAGUUCCGGGUGGUGGCGGUGGACAUGCGGGGGUACGGGGAGUCCGACGUGCCGGCGGGGGCAGAGAACUACCGGCUGGAGCACCUCAUCACGGACGUCAGGGACAUCGUGGAGUGCCUGGGUUAUAACAGGUGCCACCUGGUCGGCCACGACUGGGGUGGGAUGGUGGCCUGGCUGUUUGCUAUCCACUACCCAGAGAUGGUGACCAAGCUGAUCGUCUUAAACUGUCCCCAUCCCUCUGUGUUCGCAGAUUACGCUCUGCGCCGCCCCCUGCAGCUGGCCAAGUGCAGCUGCAUCUUCUUCUUCCAGCUGCCACGCCUCCCGGAGUUGAUGCUCUCCGUUGACGACUUCAAGGCUCUGAAGGGCUUCUUCCCCAGCCGGGGCGCCGGGGUACGAUGGAAGAGCAGUUCUCUCCGCUCGGAGGACACGGAGGCCUACCUGUACGUCUUCUCCCAGCCUGGGGCCCUGACCGGCCCCCUCAACUACUACAGGAACAUCUUCAGUUCCCUGCCCCUGACUCAGCAGGAGGUGAGGUCCUCGGUGCUGCUGCUCUGGGGCGAGAGGGAUGCCCUGCUGGAGCAGGAGAUGGCGGAGGCCUCCCGGCUCUACGUCCGGAACCACCUGCGGCUCAACAUCAUCUCCGGCGCCGGCCACUGGCUGCAGCAGGAGCAGCCGGACAUCGUCAACACCCUGAUGUGGACGUUCCUGAAGGAGGGGGAGGGCUGGAGGUGCUGCAGGAGCUGAGCCCCCUCCCCUCGCCCGCAGGGCCAGCAGGCCGCUGGGUUUUUACAACACUUCAAAUAUUUUUUUAAACAAGUUUAUCGGAAGUGAAACUCGAAGAAAGCACAUUUGAUCAUUUCAGUGCAUUGCACCAUUUAAAAAAAAAAAACAACAACUUUUUGCACAUACAACAUUCGCCUUAAAAUUUGUAAGUCAGUGUGGCGUGUCCAGACGGGGCAGAAGUCUCCUAGUGAUUUGUAUUGUGUGGUGCCUUUGACUAAUUUCUCCGUGUGACGAUGACACGUGUGCUGUUUCUGUGACUGUCCCCGAGCCAGGGAGCUGUGUGCUAGGUGUCACAAGAGGCCGGUUUCUUUUAAACUGGACAGAACUAUUGGAGCACUCUUCUCUUGCCUUCUGUAUCAGGUGAUGUUGUCUUAAAAUAGCGUUCUUCAUAUUUGUAUUUUUGACAAUCGUUCUGCUCUUCUGGAAUAUUGUUAUCUUCCUGUACAUAAAGUGAUCGUUGAAUAUUGUAAACUUUUGUAUCCCUUCCUGCAUUUACUAAUUCACUGAGCCAAUUCUGCACCCCAUUCAUUUUUUAAGCAAAUAAAUAACAAAGGAAAUUCU